CGGAAAGCGGUGGGAGAAGCUAUCGAAUCUAUCUGAUUAUUCCGUACUCACGGCACUGUGCCGCGGAACAUACGAUUCCGCGUUUAUGUGAAAAGUGUAAUCGGUCAUCUUUGAUCCGUCGUCAUUGCAUCUUUCAAAGGCGUUGCUGUGAUUGCUGUAAUCGUGGCUCUUCGCAAAGAACAUCCGAGAGAUUUGCGCAAAAGGUUGUUUGGAUUUCCAACAACCAAGCAAGGACUCGUCUAAGGAAACUUAAAAGAGAGAGACAUGUAUGGUCUAAUCUUGGAAAAUUUAGCCGAAUAUAUAAGGCAGGUUUAUGGUGAGGAUAGAUGGGAGGAGAUUCGUCGGCAGGCGUCUGUGGAUCAGCCGAGUUUUAGUGUUCACCAAGUCUAUCCGGAAAACCUGAUACCGAGAUUAGCGAAAAAAGCGAUUCAGGUACUCGGCGUAACGGAAAAGCAGUUCUUCGAUCAAAUGGGUGUGCACUUUGUAGGAUUCGUCGGUCAGUAUGGCUACGAUCGCGUACUCUCGGUGCUCGGACGGCAUGUGAGGGAUUUUCUCAACGGUCUAGACAAUCUCCACGAGUAUCUUAAGUUUUCAUAUCCGAGAAUGCGAGCACCUUCGUUUAUCUGCGAAAAUGAGACUCGUCAAGGGUUGACUCUUCACUAUCGAAGCAAACGUCGAGGCUUCGUUUACUACACGAUGGGUCAAAUAAGGGAAGUCGCUCGGCACUUUUAUCACAAGGAGCUACAGAUUGAGCUAGUACGUGAGGAAGUGCUUUUUGACACUGUACAUGUGACCUUUCAACUUACCUUCGACAAUCGCGCCUUCACCUUAGCAUCACUCGCGAUGACCCGUGAGGAGAAACACCUGCCGAUCGGGGCGUGCGUGCUCUUUGAGAUAUUUCCUUUCUGCAUCGUCUUUGGAUCGGAUAUGGUUGUUAGGAGCAUCGGCAAUUCACUAAUGGUCAUAUUGCCAGAUCUGGUUGGCAAGAAGAUUACAUACUUCUUCGAUUUGGUUCGACCACUUAUUGCGUUUAAAUUUCAAUCGGUAAAUUUUAUAAAUAUAUUGAACAGAACGAAUAACAUUUUCGAGUUAGUUACUGUUGAGCCAGUGCUUACGGAACGAUUGAAUGAUCGACACAGAAAUGAAAUUCUCUUGAGCGACGAGCUUGAAACAGUAGAAGAUAAGACUUUACGAUUAAAGGGUCAAAUGAUAUACAUGGACAAUUGGAAAAUGAUGAUGUAUCUCGGGACACCUGUCAUGCCCGAUUUGAACGCUUUAAUAGCAACAGGCCUUUAUAUAAACGAUCUCUCCAUGCACGAUUUUAGCCGAGACCUCAUGCUUGCUGGGACUCAACAGUCCGUGGAGUUAAAAUUGGCGUUAGAUCAAGAACAGUUAAAGAGUAAAAAAUUGGAGGAAUCAAUGAGGAAACUGGAUGAAGAAAUGAAACGUACGGAUGAAUUGCUAUAUCAAAUGAUUCCUAAACAAGUCGCAGACCGUUUGAGAAAUGGUGAAAGUCCGAUUGAUACUUGCGAGAUGUUCGAUAGUGUAUCGAUCCUGUUCUCGGACGUAGUGACCUUUACCGAAAUUUGCAGUAGAAUCUCACCAAUGGAAGUUGUAUCCAUGUUAAAUGCUAUGUAUUCAUUGUUUGAUACUUUAACCGAGAGAAAUCGAGUUUACAAGGUUGAAACUAUCGGUGACGCUUACAUGGUAGUCUCUGGUGCGCCAGUGAAAGAAAACGAUCAUGCAGAUCGCGUAUGCGAUAUGGCGCUUGAUAUGGUCGAAGCAAUAACUGACCUCAAGGAUCGUUCAACAGGCAACCAUCUUCAGAUACGCGUUGGCGUUCACAGUGGCGCAGUUGUAGCUGGUAUUGUUGGUUUAAAAAUGCCACGAUACUGCCUUUUUGGCGAUUCAGUCAAUACAGCAGCACGUAUGGAGGCGACAAGCCAAGCCAUGCAAAUACAUAUAUCUCAAUCUACCCAGGAAUUAUUAUCGCCUUCAUACAAAGUCAAAGAACGUGGAGAAAUCGAGGUGAAAGGAAAGGGUACAAUGAAGACCUAUUGGUUGGAAAAACGUGAACGUCGUUCCGUCGCGAACAAGGGAAUCACUAUACAAGAGCCUCAUCAAUGGCACACUAGGAGCACUGAGAAAAGAGUUUCUUCAAUGGGAGCGAUAGGUCUAAUAAGUCCAGGUAUGUUUGACAAAUUAGCUAUAGGAGAUAUAGCAUUAUCGAAACGUAGAGGCUCGUCGAAGAUGUCGACCCCGACGCCACCAGGAUCCUCGGGAUUCUUUUCCGAAGAGAGAAGAAUAUAUUCACCCAUCACUUUUCAAGAUGUCGCACGACGAUCAGUUGCGAAUUCACCUACGAAAACUAUAGAAGUACGAGAAUGUCGAUCGAAUUCUAUGGGUGCGGUGGGCAUCAGGAACGCAUCAGACAUGUUCAGUUCUCUUCUGAACGAUACAGAAGAACACUUUCGGCAGCACCGCGACAAUUUGUCGCCGCGAAUGGAACAUCAAUCAUUGAGCAAGCAAGUGAAACCGGAAGUGAAGAUCAAUGCUACUUCAUCCUCGUCUUCACAGAGCUCUGAAGACGAAUCGAAUUUAUCGUUGGAUUUUACGCUACAGACGCGAAUGAUCAAUGCGGACGCGACAGCUGAUAACGACAGCGAAUCGAGAUGCUCGGCAGCGAUCGGUAGCGAUCUCAACAACUCGCAGUUGUUGAUGCAGCAAGACCAGUGCUGUCCGGGAUUUACCAUCUCAAAGAGCAGCAAGAUGCGUCAUCAAGGAAAUAGUUGUAUCGUUGUCUAAUUGACAAGAACUUGAAUAUUAUCGCAACGAAAAAUAUUUUUGCAAAUUGUCAUUUAUACUAACUUCCAUGCUAAAACAUAACUAUAGCCGGUAUUCAUAGUCGAUUCUUAUUUCAAAAUCGUCUCAAGUAAUGUCUUAAGAUGCUAAUACGGUUCUCUGAUUAGUUGAUGGCAUCUUAAGGUGAUAUUUAAGGUGAUCUUAAGAAUCGACUAUGAAUAACGGCCUAUAAUCUAUAUUUUCUGGCUUCUUUGCUUCUUUCUCUCAUUUUUGUAUAAUACGAAAAAUAUUCUAUUUUUAUUGAAAAAAUUUCUUUUCUGCUCUCAAAAUAAUUUGAUCAAAUUAGAUAUAUCAAAAAAAACUUAGGUAAUUUAUAUUUUAUAUGGUAGUGAUUCUUUGAUAAAUUUCAAAAGGGAGGAAAGCAGAAUGGGAGAAAGAACUAGGGAGGGGGAAAGGGAGCCUUAAAUUCCUUCAUUUGUUUUUUAUAACAGAAAAAAUGAAACUUUUCGCGAUAGCAUGACAAAAGUUAUUUAAGCUAUUUUAAAUGUACUCAUGUACAUUUAGUAUAUGUAAUUGUAUAUAUUGCAAAAAUAAAGUGUUUAAAGAUUUAAA